AUGGAAGUUGUUAACGUAUUAGACAGAGAAAGUGUUUCAGUUCGUCAUCUGGCAAAGAGGUUUAAUAUUGGGAAAACGCAAGCAGCUGAAAUUGCCAAAAAUAAGGAAGAUAUCAGGAAAAAAGCAGCUGCCGCGAAGUCGACCGAUACCGAUAAACCCCGCCUACUUACCUCAAACUGGCCCAGACAGAUGAUAGCAGUGAUUUUAACGCAAUAUAGGUGA